CAGACAUUUUCUGUAGACACUGGAACGUUUCAGGACGACGGAAUUGUCACUGUUACAGAGGACAAAAUGUUUUCCGCUGUCUGGAUAACAUUUAUUCUUACAUACGGAUCGGUAUUGUCGUUGCCACACCUCGACCUAACCGUUGACUUCCCCUUGGCUGAGAAUAAUAACGAUGAUAUUUUACUUGGAUCGAAAACUUCACACAAAGCUGUACUUAACUUUCAAAAUGAAACAUUGGAAGGUGUUGUUGUUGAAAUACUUGGAGCAGAAAAAACAACCUUUGCAAUUGGAGCAGAACCCAUUGUCAAUAUCGGAACAGACUUAACCGUUCUAACAGAGGCCCAAGGACAGAUAAUUGAGGUCACCAGUUCAAAUUACUACUACUUCAUGGAAAAAUUCAUUGGUCCUGAAUACACGGACCCGUCGCUUCCAAUAAGAUAUGAAACAGGACUUGUUUUGAAUUUUGGAAACAUUACAGGCGUAGACAAUUCAUCAGAUAGUCAGAUAGAGAUUGACAUAGAAUAUUUCUACGUUUCCAUUGCUGGCUAUGAUGAUCGGACCGAGAACUUUUCAAGUAUAGUGGUGGAGUACUCUGUUGGCGAAGGGAACUUUCUAAUCAUCGGCCAAAUAAAGUACUCUUUGAGAACCGAAACUGUGCAUAUUACUGAACUUGAGUCGUUUACUGUUGAAACUACUGAAGAUCCAGUGAGGGGACUGCCUUCUGUUGACCUUCUCAUGAAUGUUCCGUUUCCCGUUUCACAAUUACAAGUAGAAGUGGCGGUGAAGAACAGCUCCAAUAAGGACGUUGUAGUCUCUGAAAUGAGAAUGAAGACUAUUGGAAAUUCUUUCCUAUCCGUAGAUGCAGAGAAAAUCCAAAGUUUUGCCUACAGUGAAUGCCCUUUGGGAACAUCGUUGGUGUUAGACUGUGGUAGAAUUAUCAACAAAGAUGCCUGGGAAGAUCCGGAGAACAGUGACUUGAACAUUAUUGGUGUGGAAAUAAUCCUACAAGCUUUGAAUAAAAAACUCAAUGGUUCAGAGAUUGAAUUUGUGAUCGCCAUAUUUAUUGAUCAAGUGGCAAUAUGGUUAGGCGACUUGAACCUUACAGUAGCCUAUGGACCACCGACACCUUUGGAGUUUGCUACAUACUCUACAACUGCGCUCUCAGGGUUCAAGGUGCCGUCGCCUGGAUUUCCUGGUGUGGCAGAGAUCACAAUGAGGAUUCCCGAAAUCACCGCCAACGAUUACAAAUUUUCCUUCACAACGUCUGCUGUGUCAGCGUCGGAAAAUGCUCUUAGUAUUUUAGGAAUAUCUUUGAAUGCGGCUGGAAAGAAUAUAGAUUGUGACACAAGAACUACUUCCACCAUAGCUCUGACACUUUCCGAAUCCAAGCCUGGGUCCGGUCUCUUUGACAACGGAACAUUAACCGUGGCAAUUGCAAAUCAUGGCUUACAAACUAAACCAACGGAAGAGUCUAACAUCGUCAAAUUUAACGUUUACCUAAAGAUGUUACCAAACGCAGUAGAAGGCGAAACCCAUAGGCUGACGGUUAACUUGAACGAUUUUGAAGCUCAGAAUGUAGACUUUACCGUAGGCAAAGAAGCAAGCUAUUCGAAGACUACGUAUUACGAUGAUGUUAUUGAACAUGGUUGUGCCACCGAGACGUUUUAUCUCGAUACGACAAUGAAAUUCACAAUGAAUGUAACAACAGAUCGGAAUUCCGUCGUUGGCCCAGUUACUUACGAAACCGCAAUUCCUGGUGCAUUUCCGGUGUUAAAGUUUGAAAGCGCUAAGACUAUCUGGAGGGGCCGAAAUGUUGGCUGUGUGAAUCCUGGUGAUAUAAAAGCUGUCCUGUCAGACUGGAUUGAAGGUGCUAAGGAACAAGACGGAGCUUUCCUGACCUUUCCCUUGGUUUGCAAUGUCGAGGUUGUUGACAGUGCUAUUGAAGACACAUUGCUCAUAGAGAUCAACGUCAGAAUUUUGAAUUUAGAAAUCUUUCGUGAACAGGAUACUCCCAAUCAUAAGUUUUUAAUGCAAAGAAGUGCUUUGGGUGCUUCCAAAGACUUCUACAAAAAUUUCAACACAAAAAUCCCGGUUGACUUAAGCAGGACAAUGAAGAUAAACGGUGUUAAAAUUCCACAAGGAGGGGAAUCAGUACUUGUGAAUGGAGCGCUCAGCCACAGACUUCAGUGGAGUGAAAAUAAUAUCGACUUCCAUGACUACAACCACAAUUGGGACAGUGGAACCGGCACAUCAAAUGGAAGCGUAUUCACUGCUGACCGGCCACUUUAUGCUCGUUACGUUCGCAUGAAAAUGGCAGACAGUGGCUGCACCACGGAUUUUGAACCUGAAGCAAGUGACUUUGGUGAAGAUAUUGACUUCUAUGGUAAAGAAUUCUCAAAAAAGGAAAUGUUGCAAAAUGUUAUGUACGUCCUAGAUGGUGAUGAAAACACUUGCAAAGCACUUCCUACCCAAACAACCACAGAGACGGUACAGUAUUACUGGACGGACAUCGACACACAUGUACUGAACACAGGUACGACAUCAGCAUUCAAUGUACAACUUAUUGGGAAAGGAUUAGCUUGUGCAGGAGGACACCAAGUAAUAAAGGUGAUGCACCCAAAAAAUGCAGCAACGGGUAACUUCAGUGGAUUCUGGAUAAAAUGCGUCUUGGUGGAGCAGCUCGAUGGGACCCCUAUGUCAUGCACGUACAAGUGCGCAUGCUUUGAUGAAACAACUUGCGCGUCUGUCAGUCUCCUCCUGUAUUACAAAGGAAUCCCAACUGAGCCAUACGAGAUAUGUGAAAUAAAGAUCGUACCAUGAGAAAGAUUAUAUAACUGUACAACUGAAGCGAGUUGAUGACGAAUGAUUAAUGUUUUUUAUUAUUAUUAUUAUUAUUAUUAUUAUUAUUAUUGAAACAUAUCUCUGUUACAUCUUCGAUUUAUACAUAUAGUAAAGUAGGACUCUUCUGUAAAAUACAAAUAGUUUUAUCAGGACUUAACAGGUUUUCAGUUUCGAUUAUAUUCAUACAAGAAUAUUUAAAAUAAUGUAAAUGUAUAAUAUGGAAAUAGGAUUUGACAAGAGUGAUUCUUUAUAAGUAAGCGAGUUAGCCUACGUUACAACUGCGAUAUUUUUCCAGAAUUUUAAUUGCAAAUAAAAUGGGUUUUUUAUAUUCCAUUUGAAUAUUGUGACCUGCUACUGUAAUCAUUAUCAUUUUCACUUAAGGUGUUCUGCAAGUUUUAUCCACAGGAAGUUACUAAUUAACUUCAUAUAACCAGAUAACAUAGAAAUGACGCCUGUUUUCGGACACGGAAAAUGAAGAACAAAAACAGCACAUGUAUUAAUUAAUAAAGCUAACAGCGUUGUUAUCUUUCAUGAGAUAAUGUAUGAUAACAGUGUCCACAAGAGAUGAUUCCAAAUGGUGGAGGCUACAUUCUAAUUUCCGUGUCUCUUAAAUCAAUAAUUGACAAAGUAUCUUAGAAUAAAGCACAUGUAUCUGUGCGUUCUGGUUGGCAGUGUGAUAAAUGUAAAAAGCUUCAUUAAAACCCAAAGUAUUGUUUAUCAAAAUUAUGAUUUUAUCACUUAUUUUAUCAUCAUGCUUUGGAACGCUUUAAAACAUCAUGGUUAUUUUUUAAGAAAAUUCGAAAAUGCAGAACUUCCUGCAAAUCAUUAUUAUUCAGAAAACUUCAAGAUUUUAUUCUAUGUGGUUGAGUUUCUUUUCCACUUUUUUUUCCCUGAAUUCUUCUGAGGGUACACACUUACUAAAACAACAUAUCAUGUACAUUAGGUAAUGACUGUAGACUUCUAGACUAGGAACUAGUUCGCUACAGAAGUUACGUACUGAAAGUUGUUGUUGUUAUUGUUGUUGUUGUUUAUCUAACUGUUCUAACAAGGUGUGUUUACGUUCUUAGUUUUAUUUUCAUCUUGAAAACGAUCGUCAUUGUGGCUUAUCAACUGAAGUCUGUGGAAAACAUCACGAAAGCCUCAAAAAUUAGCAAUAUAGCAUGUAACUCAGAAUAUAUACAGACGCCUGAUAAAACAACAAAGGUAGCAACAUAUUCAAGAGUAUGCAUUAAGAGAGAUAUUACAACAAAAGACUUCAAAAUAUAUGUGCAAACUAAUAUAUACAUGUACACGUAUGCGAUUUUGCCAUAAGUUACGAGAACGAUAAUAAAAGCGUACAAUUCCUAUACAUAACCAGUACAACAGCGCAUUUCAGUGUUAAAUGAACUCUAUAUGUCAGCAUUUUCAUAAUAUAACAAUGUACUUAUGACAAUGUGUUUCGAAAAAUGCAUUUAAUAAUUAAAUAUGUAAUUGAACAUAAUUCAACUAACAUAGCAGACUCGAACAUUUUUCGUGACAUAUCAGGUGUUAAUUUUCUUCUGACCAGAGAAAAUGGUUUACCUAUUUUGCUUAUUAUUGCGAAACCGCAUACGUUAUGAAAGAAUUAUAUGUUGAUACGGAAAUAUAUUCACUUGUUCACUAUGAUAGCCGUUGUAUAAUUGUUGUCUAUAUUACAAAAUCAUACUUUUUAUUUGACAAACACAUACAAUAUUAGGACAUACAAUAAUAGGACAUAUAAUAACAGGAAAUCAAGAAAAGUAAAAAUGUUAGAAAUGCUUCUAUAUCACUGCGUAAAAGAUUGAAGAAAAAACUAUUAUUUUAUUAGUCCGAUUUCUUUAUUUCUAAAGUUUUCAUUAAGAAUGAAGUUUUGAAAAAAAAAGUGGAAAACAAUGUUUGAUUAUGUUUGGUUAUCAGUUUCAUAUGAUUGUAAAUAUUUAUCGAUAAUGAUGGAUCAUUUUAAAGAGAAAAAAGUCAUGUAUUAUUUUAAAGCUUAUUCAUCGUACAAUUAAGUCAUGAGUAUUUUAGGAGCAGUCAAAAAUGUUUUCUUGACUUUAGAACUGUUGCCAGAUGCUGAAAGACCCAGGACAACAUUUCUUCUCUUCGCCCCAAACAGCUUUUCAUUUCAUCCCUGAUAUUGAAAGGCCUAGGAAAACAGCUUUUCAUUUCAUCCCUGAUACUGAAAGACCAAGGGCAACAGUUCUUCAUUUCAUCCCUGAUACUGAAAGGCCUAGGACAAAUGGUCUUCAUUUCAUCCCUGAUAUUGAAAGGCCAAGGGCAACAGUUCUUCAUUUCAUCCCUGAUGCUGAAAGGCCUAGGAGAACAGGUCUUCAUUUCAUCCCUGAUAUUGAAAGGCCAAGGGCAACAGUUCUUCAUUUCAUACCUGAUACUGAAAGGCCUAGGAGAACAGGUCUUCAUUUCAUCCCUGAUAUUGAAAGGCCAAGGGCAACAGUUCUUCAUUUCAUCCCUGAUGCUGAAAGGCCUAGGAGAACAGGUCUUCAUUUCAUCCCUGAUAUUGAAAGGCCAAGGGCAACAGUUCUUCAUUUCAUCCCUGAUACUGAAAGGCCUAGGAGAACAGGUCUUCAUUUCAUCUCUGAUAUGAAAGACCAAGGGUAACAGUUCUUCAUUCCAUCCCUGAUACUGGAAGGCUUAGGGCAACAGUUCUCCAUUUCACCCGUGAUACUGAAAUACCAAGGGUGACAAUUCUUCAUUUCGCCCCCGAUACUGAAAGGCCAAGGGCAACAGAUUUUCCAUUCACCCCUGAUACUGAAUGGCCAAAGGCAAGAGCUCUUUAUUUAAUCCAACCAAUCCAAUCAAAUUUCACCACUAACUUUUUUGACUGUUCCCAUAGAACUCGUGGCAUUUUUAUUAUCUCGUUGUUGUUUUUAUUUUGUUUUGUUUUGUUUUAAGGCCCUAUAGUUUAGAUUUAGUUCUUAAAAAUACUAUUUUUAUGAAAAACUACAGAUAAAUAGAAACGCUAUAUGCAUUGGAGGCUGAUUAAAUACUUUGAUGUGCAAGAAACUAUUCAGAAUAUAAAUAAUUUACGGGCGAAUUACCGUGAAGUGAAAUUCGAAGAUCGAAAACUCAUUUAUAUACAGUAUAGUGGACAAAUGCCCAUACACUGUAUUUUAUUUAACUUGUAUGCAACAGAGACAACGAAAAUAUCGAUAUACUUGAUGAACCCAGUAAUUCAUAAACAUUUCCAGUAAGUGCCUUAUAGAUAAAUGAAUAUUUGGGAUUUGAAAAUGUUUAAACAUAAAUAACUUAUAUUUAUAUAAACGGGUAUUUAGAAACAUAAAGCGCAGCUUACUUGAGCAGGAAAUUUGACAUAUUUUCAGUCUAGAUGAAAUUAUUAUUAUUAUUUUUUUUUUUUUUGGUUCAAACACGUCACUGUAAUUAAAAAGUAUAUACUAACAUCCUUUGUAAUUAUUCUUUGUAUUGGCUGGACUUCAGAAAUGCAUAAUUACAAAAUAAUAUAUUCCAUUGUUUACUAUUGUCAUUGUAAAUUCAUUGUCCGUGCAUUAAAAAUUAUAGUUUUAUUAAACAAGUUUUGUUACAAGCGCUUGAAUAAAAUAAAGGUAUAGUUUCCAAUUUUUGCAAUAUUCCUGGAAAAAAAACUGGCAGCAAUUUUGAGGGUUAAAAUUGAAAUAUCUGAAAAAAAAUCAGCCUCCAAAAAAGUGAAAUUUUAUUGAAAUUUUAUACGUGUAAAUACUACAUAUGCAGCGACAAUACCAGAAAUUGUUCGCAGCAUUGUGAGAAAGUCUCUAGAUUUUAUGUUAGAAAACACCCCAAAAAUCGUGGCUAAGGAAGAUAAUAUUUGUCAUGUUAAAUGCAUCUUUACAAUUUAUAGCAAACUCGCAUGGCUAAGAAACUGUUAAUUAAGAAACAUUGUAUAAAUUGCGGUAAACCAUAGGUCCGCUUCAUUCACAGAAUUUAUGAUGCUUUUUUUUUGUGGUCAACAGCAGUUUCCCAUACCCUCAAUGAAAAAUGUAUUUUCUUUAAAGUCAGAUAUUUUCUUUGAUAAUAAAUAAAUUGUGAAAUAUUUCAUGCAGUUUGAUAAAACAAUACUUCUUGAUGAAAGGAAACUUGUGGUUUACUCUAUUUAGAGACUUUCAGUUUUUAGGCCAUUUUUUGUUAUCAUUUCUACUAUAUAAAUUUCAUUUUGUCUGUGAUAUAUAUCUUUUGAAUGUCUUUUCACAUGUGUAAGGUAAAUAUUUCGUUAAAACAUGUACGCCGGUUGAACAGUUGACAAGAUCUUAUUACUGUCAUGUUUGAAUUUAUACGGUUUAAAACUCAAAAAAAAAAGAUGUUAUAGCUGAUGUUUUGCUAUCUCUACUAUCAUAUUCUAUUGAUUAACAUUUCAAACAGCUAAUAUCAUCUUUAUAAAGACUUAAUGCUUUGACAGGAUAUCACUUUUUGUCCCUCUUGGCAUUUUCUCAGAUAUGGAUUAGCACUUUGUUUAAAUCACCGGCCACGAGGAGGCGGUCAAGAUGCGGCCAGCUAUUCAGCAGCAUGCCGAAAGGGAGCUUAUUUUAUUACUUAGGUAUUAGUUAUGAAUGUUUGUAAAUUUACUUGUUCAAUAAAACUAUUAAAACAUC